AUGUGGCGCUGUUUGCUGGGUGCUGCGCUGGCAAGCCUGGCGGACGAAGCUGCCGGGGCAGUUCUUCGGCGAAGUGGCGGCUUCAAGGCCGAACACUUCGAGACAGCCAGUGGCGACAAUGAAGUUCCUGAGAAGGACUUGAUGGACAUGUUGACCUCACUGAACGAAAUUGUGGUGAGUGCGGACAAAGAGCACAAGGCUUUUGAAAAGCUUUCCAGUGCACGCGGGACUGCCUGCCAGUCGACCGAGACGAGUCUCCAACAGUCCAUCUCCGAGGGAAGUCAGUCUAUCAAGACCGCACAAGUCGAGCUGUCGAAGGCCAUGAGCGAGGUGGAGUCCAUCCAGGGAGAUGUGACUGAGCUGAAGUCUCAAGUCAAGACCGUUGAGGAUGAGGUUGCUGCUCUUCAGAAGCAGCUUGCUACUCUACGAACGGAGCGUCAAGCGGCCGUUGCCCGCGACUCUGGCUACACUCGGGAAGUGAAGGCCAUCCUGAGCAAGGCCAAGCAAAGAAUAGAUCAGGUCUGGUCAAGGAGCGGUGCCCACAAGCUGGACGAAGCGGCUGAGCUUCUGCAGGGAGACAGCAAGGACAGCGACCAGGGUGGAGAAACAGGCAGCGAGGCCUGGAAUCCAAGCUCUUUGGCAGAGCUGCAAAGCACUGACGAAGACGCAUCCCAGGCUCCAGAGAAGACUGGGAGGAAGGAUGCAGCGGAAAGCAGUUCGAAGGCCCUCGACAAAGAUGCGGCAGAUGUGAACAAGGCUGCGCAGAUUGCCCGCGAGGCCUUCGAGCUGGAGGAGCUGCGUUUGAUGGAUCUGAUCAAGGCGAAGCGGAAGCUGCUCGAGCCUCUUCAGGCUGGCCUUGCCGACCGACAGCCGGAGUUGGCAGACCAGCUCAAGAAGAUCUCAGAGGCCAACCGUACGGUUGCCAUGUCCAAAAAAGGGGUGCAGCGAGACACCGCAGUCUUGGAGAAGUCCAAGAAAAAAUGCGAGCUUCUCGCAGAGGCAAAGAAGUUUGAAUCCGACAAGCGUCCAGAAGUCCGGUCACAGGUGCUCAUGGCCUCUUCAUUUCUGAAGAGCCUGGCGAAAGCCUCUGGCUUCACACUGACACCGGGCGCAAAGGGUCCAAGUGCUGCAGCCGUGAACUUCCUGCAGCUGGAUUCCGUCAGAGAUACUGGUAGCGAUGACCUGUCCGAGGCUGUGCGCAACGCUCUUCGCAACAUCGAGGCGUUGAGUGACAGCCACCGUGGUCUUUCGGAGGACUUCCAGAUGCAGGGAAGCGACGACGCGGUGCCGGCCAGCCCGGAGAGCAAUCUCGUGCAGGUGAGUGCAGGGACGGAAGUUGGCCAGGCCCAGUCUGCCAGGGAGACCGCAGACUCUCUCAAGAGCGUCAAAGAGAUGAUCUCCAACCUGAUCGCCUCUCUUCGCGAGGAGCAGAACCAGGAAAAGGAGAAGGGCAAGUUCUGUGAGGAGCAGCAACAGAAAGCCCGAGAGGGCUUCAAGAAGCUCUCCGCAGCCACAGAGGACGCCGAGCAAGCGAAGCGCUGGGCGGAGAAUGCAGUGCUGGACUUGCAGGCGCAGUCUCACUUCCUCGAGGCGGACGUGAGCCGCCUCAAACAGGCCAUGACCUCGGGCAAGACAGACCUCGAUGCCGAAGUUGCUCGAAUCAAGGAGGAGGCUGAGAAUCACGCCUCCAGCAGAGACGUCAUCACCAAGAGCCGCGAUGUCCUCAAAAAGCAUUGCAAGCUCUCUGAGGACAAGAGCUCUGGCAACUGUGCCGAAGCUGACUCUGCGCUCAACCUGGCCAAUCUCGGGCUGGAGAAGCUUGACAAGUUCCUCGCCACGUACAUCGUGGACUUCACCAAGCUCUCUGAAGAACAGAAGGCAGAUGCCGAGAAGACUCUGAAGCUCCAGCAGGAGAGCCUGUUCCAAGCGAACGCGGACUUGAACAGGCGGAAAGACGAGCUGGCAGAGCUUUCUUCGGAUGUGGUGACAGCCAAGGAGAACAUGAGACUUGCGGGCAAGGCUGACGAUGCGCUCUCCACAUCCUGUGGCCCCAAGGCCUCGUCAAUGGAGGACACCAUCGCCCGACGGAAGGAGGAGAUCGAGCAGCUGAAGAAUGCUGUGAAAGUGUUGGAUGGCGAGGCGGGCUUUUAA